CUUCAAACAUUUGAAUCUCCAAACCCAUCUUCGUCUUAGUAUUCAACUCCUGUACAACUAUCUAAUUUACAUCGAUAUCUUGCAAUGUCAGGGCACCAUCAUGAUCACGAUGGCCACUGCCAUGGCGAACACGACCAUACCAACGAUAUCACUCCAGCCAUCCAAUCCCUCCUCUACUCUCAGAUCAACUUUGAUCUAAUUACAACCCUGAAUGAGACAACCCCAAACUCUGGCGCAUCCAUCGUCCAGAAAACCUGGGCCGAGCGACUAAACGACAAGCCCGAACUUGAGAGCGAUGCCGACGAGCAGCUGCUCAUGACCAUCCCCUUCAACGGCCAAGUCAACGUCCACUCCCUUCUCCUAUACACCGCACCUACAAACUCUGCCCCGAAGACAGUGAAGCUAUUCAAGAACCGCGACGAUUUGGAUUUCUCAACUGCAUCAGAGUUGCACCCGACUCAAACCAUCGAGGUCCCCCAGCCUGUACCCGGCGCCGAUGUCUUUGAAUUGCCAUUGAAUCGUGCCCAUUGGAAUGCGACUACCUCUGUCACGCUAUUCUUCGAAGAUAAUUGGAGUGAUGGUGAGGAGGAUGUCACUAAGGUUGGGUAUGUAGGCUUCAAGGGACAGUUCAUGAAGUUAACCCGGGAGCCGGUUAAUUUCCUCUAUGAGGCUGCGGCGAACCCCCAGGAUCAUGUUUCUAUUCCUGGUGUUAGUGGCGUUGGUGGUAGGAUUAUGCCUGGGCAGUAG